AUGGACGCAAAGGGAAGGCUUUAUCACUGUGACGUAUGCUCUUCAGAUUGUACAAACCGUAUACGAAUUCAAUGUGCUAUUUGUACAGAUUAUGAUUUGUGUGUUCCUUGCUUUGCAGCAGGUUCUACAACAGGAGAUCACAAACCAUGGCAUGAUUAUCAAGUAAUCGAACAAAAUACUUAUCCUAUUUUCAGUGAAGAUUGGGGAGCGGAUGAAGAACUUUUACUCAUUCAAGGCUGCGAAACAUUUGGUCUUGGUAAUUGGCAAGAUAUACUGGAUCAUAUUGGCAAUAGAUCUAAAGAUGAAGUAGCAAAGCAUUACUUUGACGUUUAUUUAAAUUCCCGAGAAUAUCCACUUCCAGAAAUGAAUAAGGAUUUCUCAGAUAUUUCUCCUACUGAAUUUUUGAAAAAGAGGAAGGAAAGAUUAGAAUAUCGUAAGAAUUUACCACUUCCACCUCCUAAAACAAAACCUGUUGCAUCUGUCCCAUUAUGUCAUGAAAUCCAAGGUUAUAUGCCAGGUAGACUCGAGUUCGACCAUGAGGCUGAGAAUGAGGCUGAAGUUCCAGUUAAAGAUAUGAUAUUUGAUCCAGAUGAUUCAGCUGGAGAUAUUGAACUUAAACUCACAAUUUUGGAUAUUUAUAACUCUCGUUUAACUACGAGAGCAGAGAAGAAAAGAAUCAUGUUAUUAAAUAAUUUGCUUGAUUAUAGAAAAAAUAUCACCAUAGAUAAAAGGAAAUCAAAGGAAGAAAAGGAAUAUUUGAAAAAUAUUAAUGCUUUUAUACGAGUGAUGACUCCACCAGAUUUUGAAGCAUUUACUAGAGAUAUUCUUACCGAGUUAAAGUGUCGUAUUAAGAUUCAACUGCUUCAAAAUUGGAGACGUCAUGGAAUAACUACCAUUGAAGAUGGGAAUCGAUUUGAAAAGGAUAAACUCAUUAGAUCUGCACAAUACCAAAGAAUGGGGAAUGGUUCAGGUUUAAGUGCCAGACAAGCCUCAAAUUCUGUAAUGGGGAGUGGUUCUAAUACUCCAGUAUCAAAUGGAAGAAAAUUCUACUCAGCAACUUCUCCACAACCAGAAUUUAAACCGAAAGUAUCGAAUAAUAGAGCUCCGUUAGAUAUAUCCAAAGCUGCUGAUUUCGAGCUACUUUCCAACGAAGAAAAGCAACUCUGUGCAACUUUGAGAAUGUUACCCAAACCUUAUCUUGCUAUUAAAAAUCAAUUAAUGAAAGAAGCUGUGAAAAAUAAUGGGAUUUUAAAGAAGAAGGAUGCAAGACAAUCAUUGAAAAUUGAUGUGAAUAAGGCAUCUAAAAUUUAUGAAUUCUUUGUACAAAUGGGUUGGUGUUCUCAGGGCUAA